UUACGCUUUAUUUACUAUACUAUUUUCUAAGUGUUUUUAUUCAUCCUCCUUUUUAAAUUAAUAUAUUUUGUCCUUAUCCGCAAUGGAAGAAAUUUGCAUAACAAUCAAUCCUGAUUUAAACCAACACAUAUGCUUACAUGAUUAUGCUUACACUCGUAAAAUCGUAAAAUCAUAACUGCUAAAAUUAAAAGUGCAUCAUUCGUUUUCCUUGUGGCAAUAUUUAACAUCUUGCUAUCAUUUCUAUGUAUUUUUUGCACAUGAAUGGGUAAGCGUAUUUUUAUUGCACAAUAUCACAUUUCAUUCAAGUCUAAUGAAGUGAACAAAGGGCUUAGUAAAGUAAUAUUUUGAGCAUACGUAAACAAACCGCAAAAUAGCAAUCUUAAAACCACUUUCCGGAAGAUAGUUUUUUUUUUUGUCAUUAGAAAAUCAUAAUCAAGGAUUACACCAUGACUAACAUACAGGGGGCGAUACUAAACUGUAUUGUUAAUUUGGAAAGCUACGGUUGCUAUGAAUAGAUAUAGUAGUCCAACGUGGCCCUUGCUUUCUAUUGGACGUGAUAAUGAUAUUGCAUGGUUCGGACCAUCCGGACGGGAAAAGGAAUGGUAUCUUUUACACGUUUCCGGAAAAAGUAGACUUCGCUGUUUGUGGACUCUUUACCUUUGUACACACAGCUCCUAUACUGUCUUCGAACCCUUGGAUGAAGCCUUGUGCAGGAAAAACGACAUCUAAUGUCAAUCUCAUCCCAACCAUUAUCAACGUAAAUACACCAGAGGUGCUUCAGCGGUUGUUGAGAAAAAUCAAAUCAUUUUUAAGCCAAAUAGACGAAAUACUUUCUCAUGCUAAAAAUAGUUUAAUCAUGGAUAAAGAUAUGCUUAAACUGUUGGACAGAAAUCCCAAAACAGCAAAUUUCCCUGAAGAUUGUGUUCCAACUCCAGCACAGGAUUCUGAUGUCAACAAAGAAAAUUACCUUAAGAUUUCAAAGGUGUAUAUUUUGAUGGAGGUGUAUAAAAAUUUAAAUGUUGAAAUAGACGACAAGUUAAAUGUUCUAUCAAACAGAGUGAUUGCCUCAUUAAACGAUAUUCUUUGUGAGUUUUCCUUUUUAGUGAACAUUUCUGGAUAUCGACCAAUAGAAACUUUAGACAGAAACACAAUCAUCAAUCAACAACACAAGACUUUUACCGCUUCAAAAUUUUAUAAUUGGAAUUAUAUCCUCUUAAGAGACUUAAAAGGAUUCAGCCGCUCUAUUUUAAAUAGUGUUCAAAAUGGAAAAUUCGACAGUUAACAUACCAGGAAAUCUUAGCUCUUCCAAUGAUCUCUUCCAAAAGAAAAUAAAUCCGUACACCUGUGAUAAAUUAACGUUUUUGUAUUGUAUUUUGUAUUGUGUUGUGUCUAUGUGGAACUUGUAGUUAAUUUAGUUUCCGUCCCUGCAUCAUGACAAUGAUAAAUGCCGGUGAUUAUUUAUUUAUUUAUAUGUUGUAUAUUUUGUUGAUGUUUCCUAAUGAAAUUUGACAAUGUCAAGGAAGAUGUAAUUUUUAACGCUACUUUUUUUGUUUUACAUGCAAUGUUCUUCAAUAUACGGUACUUUUUGUGCAAAUGCGUUGUUACCUUUGAUUUAUAAGGUAAUUUUAAUUUUUUUAUGUUUAGAUUUGAUUGAUGCAAUGCUAUAAAUAGCCUCGUUGUGAUUGAUUAAUUGUUAUAUAAUACAGCUCUUUAUUGAGCCAAUUUUUAGCAAAAUGUAUUUCUUUAAUUAAUCUAAGACUAGUCAAUAUAUUUACAACUAUCAUGUUUUAGAUAAUAUUUAAAGGUAUGAAUUGAUAAAAGAAUUUCUAAGAUAUAAUACUGUAUAUAAAUAAACACAUCAUAGAUACCAGGACUACAUUUUAAAUAUACACCAGACGCGCGUUUCGUCUAGAAAAGACUCAUCAAUAACGCUCGAAUCCAAAAAGGCUUUAAAUGUAUGUGUUAAUUAUCAAAAUGAACAAUGACCAAGUGACAACGCACUAUUUAUACUUAAUCAAUUAAAACAAUAUAUAUAUACCUACAUCAUUUUAGUUCAUAUACUUGCUGAAUGAGUUGAAAUUUGGUCAACCAUUAUUUCAAGACAUCAUCUAAUUCACAAAAUGAUAAUAUGCAAUAAAAGUAUCAUUCUAGUGUGUGUAUACAUGUGUGCAUGUGUGUAUGUUAUUUAAACUAAAUAUUAUAUGAUGUUAUUGAAGUUGUAAAAUGUGUUAUUUAUUGUGAAAUAGUAUGUUGGUUGUUUAUUUUGUGAAAAAAAAAUUUUUUUAAAUAUUGUAUUGUAAUUAAUUUAUUUAAGAAAAAUUGUAUAGUAAAUUAAUUUAUUUGAGAAAAAUUGUAUUGUAAUUAAUUUAUUUGA